UUUACGACAGUCCCACUCGGUGAACGACAAGCCGUGUUCUGAUGCAACGCGGAGUUGUUUACUAUUUUUGCUUACAAGCAUGAUCAGUACGCAUCUGUAAAGUUCUUUUCACUAUUGAAUACAGACGAAUAACAUACGGAAGAAUGGGGAAGCCAAAGAAAAAGAGUGACCUCAGUCGAGCUGAACUGAUGAUGAUGACCAUCGCCGAUGUCAUCAAACAGUUGGUUGAAGCACACGAAGAGGGAAAAGACAUCAACCUUAACAAAUUGAAAACAAAGACCUCUGCGAAAUACGGCCUGGAGGCUCAACCCCGUUUGGUUGAUAUUAUAGCUGCCGUUCCUCCACAACAUCGCCGUGCUCUGGUACCCAAACUAAAGGCCAAACCGAUCCGCACAGCUAGUGGGAUUGCAGUUGUUGCUGUGAUGUGCAAACCACAUCGUUGUCCACACAUCAGCUUCACUGGCAACAUUUGUGUGUACUGCCCUGGUGGGCCGGACUCAGACUUUGAAUACUCCACACAAUCUUACACUGGUUAUGAGCCCACCUCAAUGAGAGCCAUUCGAGCGCGAUAUGAUCCCUACCUUCAGACCAGGCAUCGUGUGGAGCAGCUAAAGCAACUGGGGCACACUGUGGAUAAAGUGGAAUUCAUUGUGAUGGGUGGAACGUUUAUGGCUCUGUCUGAAGAGUACAGAGAUUACUUCAUCAGGAAUCUUCACGACGCUUUGUCUGGACACACUUCGAACAAUGUGGCCGAGGCUGUAAGAUACUCUGAGCGCAGUAACACCAAGUGUGUAGGAAUCACUAUUGAGACGCGCCCCGACUACUGCCUGAAACGACACCUGAGCGACAUGUUGGGCUACGGCUGCACAAGACUGGAGAUCGGUGUCCAGAGUGUGUAUGAAGAUGUGGCCAGGGAUACGAACAGGGGCCACACAGUUCGAGCUGUAUGUGAGUCUUUCCACCUGGCAAAAGACGCCGGCUUCAAAGUUGUGGCCCACAUGAUGCCGGACCUGCCCAAUGUCGGCAUAGAGAGAGAUGUGGAGCAGUUCAUUGAGUUUUUUGAGAAUCCAGCAUUCAGGCCCGAUGGAUUAAAGCUAUACCCGACUUUGGUUAUUCGGGGUACGGGCCUAUAUGAGCUGUGGAAGACGGGCCGCUAUAAGAGCUACACACCCAGCACCCUGGUGGACCUGGUGGCCCGAAUCCUUGCACUGGUGCCGCCCUGGACACGGGUUUAUCGCGUGCAGAGGGACAUCCCAAUGCCAUUGGUGAGCUCCGGAGUGGAGCACGGAAACCUACGGGAGUUGGCCUUAGCCAGGAUGAAGGAUAUGGGCACUGAGUGUCGAGAUGUUAGAACCAGAGAAGUGGGAAUUCAGGAGAUCCACCACAAAGUUCGACCCUACCAGGUGGAGCUAGUGCGAAGGGACUAUGUAGCCAACGGUAGCUGGGAGACCUUCCUCUCCUAUGAGGAUCCCGAGCAGGACAUUCUGAUUGGACUGCUGCGUCUACGCCGCUGCUCCCCGCAGUCGUUCCGGGCGGAACUGAAAGGGGGCGUGUCCAUCGUCCGCGAACUGCACGUGUACGGUAGCGUGGUCCCGGUCAGUAGCCGAGACCCCAGCAAAUUCCAACAUCAGGGAUUCGGGAUGAUGUUGAUGGAAGAAGCGGAGAGAAUUGCCACGCAUGAACAUGGCUCCAAUAAAUUGGCGGUCAUUUCAGGUGUAGGAACAAGAAACUACUACAGGAAAUUGGGCUAUGAAUUGGAAGGCCCAUAUAUGGUGAAGCUUCUACGUGAACUAUAAAUGAACUGAAACCGGACUUUUUCAGCAUAAUCAUGGACACACAGAAUUUAAUUUUAAUUCAUUUUUAUCACGUUCGAGUCAUUCUUAAUCAACCCCCACACACACAUAGUUUUGCUUUAUUUCAUUAUGAAUAUCCAAGCAAUGCCAGGGAUUGUUUUUUUAAAUUACGUUGUGUAAAUGACAUGAUUCCAUAUCGGAUAUCUACCGACAGUCUGAUAUUUCAGAAAAGGUUUCCAAACAGACAAUUGAAUGGCUUCAUCUACCCAAUUAUGUGUCAGUGACUCAGUCAGUAAUACGGACACGUAAUUAGAAUAUUCUUCAUUUGGCCAGGAUGAGCAGCCAGGUUAAACUGCAAAUGGACGAAAUCCCCAUUAUGAGCCAAGUGGUUAUUAAUUUUAGACGGGAGCAAUAUCCUGACCUGCUAACUGUUGUGUAAUUACACCAUUUUGAUUUAUAUGUGACUAUUUAAGCUACAUAAAUUAGUUUCCGUCAUUCCUUUAAUCCAACUUCAUGAGGUGUAUAUGAAUGCUUUUCAUAGAAGUAAAUGUAACCCUUGUUUUUUUUUUAAAGAAUAAAGUGAA